GAGACCAAGAAAGCUGAUAAGUUGAAUUGUGAGCCAUUUCUUCAUAAAGCUAAAGAACUCUAUAACAAGAACCUGAUCCAGUACUGUAUAUAUGUUGAACAAUCAGCAGUAAGUGAGGGCCUCACUGAUAUAUUAUAUGAUCACUUAUAUAGUGGUUUGGAAGAGUCAAUAUCAGAAAAUCAUAUUAGACAGUUACAGUAUGACAAUGAUUGUAAUGAGGUGGUAAAAGUCAUAAGCAAGUUUUUUGACAUGAAAUCAUUUAAUGAGGAAAGAUAUUGGGAUAACCUUUUUAUUUUGGAUAAUAUUUUUGACCUUCCUUUAUCUUAUGAACGGUAUAUAGCAAAAUUUUAUGACAAAAUGAAGAUCAAGAAAAAAUAUAAGAAUGGGAUGUCUACAGAACUGUUAGAAUUAUAUGAAGCUCAUUCAAUUGAGGACCAUAGGAGAUUAGGAUGUUACUGUAAAGACUCUUGGGAUUAUAUUUAUAAUUACAUCAACUAUCAAAAUCUUACUGACAGGGUCAUUUUAAAUACUUUAAACAAAUUAAAAUUUUACGGAUUACACAUUCAUGGAACUACUAUGGAUGUAUAUGUGCUAGAAAGGAAGAUACCACCUCUUUUUGUAAUGAAUCAGAUUCUACAAAUAGAACUUCUGAUUGUUCGCAGUGAAAUAACAGGUGAAAAUUUUGUAAACUGUUUCAAAAAAUUAAAUAUUUUGGAAAGUUUAAGGAACUUUAAAUUAUUUGAGAGAGCACUCAUAGAGAAAAAUGAUAAUGGUGAUAGAAAUAGUGAUAACAGUGAUGACAAAGAAAAUGGUGAUGACAUUGAUGAAAUAGAAAGAUUAAUCAAAACAUUCAAUACACCUCUCAAAAAAAUGCCAAUAUUAUAUGGCUUUUAUAAUAACAAUACUCAUAAUUA